CGGAAAGAACAUUGAGGGUCAUAGCCACCGUUCCCUCCUCGCCCCCAAACCUCAAGGAAAAGAAGAACACAGCGGCCCCGGCCUCGCGGAGCCCGGGAAGACAGGGAAAGCGACCCCCGCCCCGCGCUCAGGACCACCGUGGCAGGAGAAGCGGCCCCGCCGUGGCGGAGAUCGAAACCAUCCAGAGCCCGACGCUGCCCACCGUGUGUCUCCUGCCCCGCCCUGACUCUGCCUCUGAAAGGACCAUGCAGCUGGAGAUCAAAGUGGCCCUGAACUUCAUUAUCUCCUACUUAUACAACAAGCUGCCCCGGCGGCGCGCAGACCUGUUUGGGGAGGAGCUGGAGCGGCUGUUGAAAAAGAAAUAUGAAGGCCACUGGUACCCUGACAGGCCGCUGAAGGGCUCUGGCUUCCGCUGCGUCCACAUCGGGGAGGUGGUGGACCCCGUGGUGGAGCUGGCUGCCAGGCGGAGCGGCCUGGCGGUGGAGGACGUGCGGGCCAACGUGCCCGAGGAGCUGAGCGUGUGGAUCGACCCUUUCGAGGUGUCCUACCAGAUCGGCGAGAAGGGGACGGUGAAAGUGCUCUACCUGGACGACAGCGAGGGCGGCGGCGCCCCAGAGCUGGACAAGGAGAUCAAGAGCAGCUUCAACCCCGACGCCCAGGUGUUCGUGCCCAUCGGCAGCCAGGGCAGCUCCCUGUCCAGCUCCCCGUCGCCGCCCUUCGGCCAGUCGCCCAGCCCGACCUUCAUCCCCCGCUCCGCACAGCCCCUCACCUUCACCACCGCCUCCUUUGCUGCCACCAAAUUUGGCUCCACCAAGAUGAAGAAGGGCGGCGGGGCGUCUAGCGGGGGCACCGUGGGCAGCAGCGGGCCGGGGGGCCAGCAGCCGCCUCCGCAGCCGCCGCGCAUGGCCCGCUCGCCCACCAGCAGCCUGCUGAAGCACAAGGGCCUGUCGCUGUCCAUGCACUCCCUGAACUUCGUCCCCGCCAGCCCCGCGCCGCAGUCCCAGCUCUCGCCCAACGCCAAGGAGUUCGUGUACAACGGCGGCGGCUCGCCCGGCCUCUUCUUCGAGGGGGCGGAGGGCCAGGGCGGCGGGGCCGGCACCUGUAACAGCGGCAGCUUCGACGUGGCCCAGGUCUUCGGAGGCAGCACCAACAGCCUCUUCCUGGAGAAGACGCCCUUCGUGGAGGGCCUCAGCUACAACCUGAACGCCAUGCAGUACCCCAGCCAGCCCUUCCAGCCCGUGGUGCUGGCCAACUGACCGCGCGGGGCCGGGAGCGCCCCAGGCCACCGGGGGAGAGCGGGAAGCAGCGGCCGAGGGGCGAGGGGAAGGUACCGGAGAGACGGCCGCCUCCUCGCUCUCACGUCCGCACACAGGAUCCAGCGCAGGCUCGGCGGGGGAGGGCUCCCGGAGUGCGGAGUCAUUCAGCUCGCCCUGACUGUCUUCCUGCCUGCCUCUGAUUUAUUUGGUUGGUUUGGAUUUUAUAUUUCUUUUUUUUUUUUCCUUUUUUUUUUACAUGUAGUUUUCUAUAGAGCAUCUUGAAUUAGUGGCUUCUUGUGCUAAGAAUGGUCCAGAUGUGAAUUGCUGCUCCUUGCUCCCUCCCUCCCUCCCUCCUUCACACUCCGUUCAGGGUCGUGUGUCCAAGCUCACAGGGAAGGAAGAGCUGCAGCUGGCGCUGGCUCUCCCCGCGCAGGGAGAGGCUGGCCCGUGUCACUGCCUCUGUCACCAGUUACCCUCUCGCUCAAAGCCAUCCAACCUCAGCAGGGCGCCUUGGCCCUGCCCCGAUAGCUCCGACCCCAGCCCCACUCCCUCUCAGGCUGGGCCACCGACUCCCUCCCCCUAGAGCUGUGACUGACGCAGGGAGGUUAGCACUGUGUUUAGUUGAGCUACUUUGAUCUCUGCCCUCUGUCCCUGUCCUGCCAUCCCCUCCUGCCCUGCACCGUCCUCACGGCCCAGGAAACCCAGCCACCCUUUCUCACUCACGCAGCCCCGUCCUCUCUGGGCCUGAGGUUGUGGGAAGGGAGGCGGGUGAGCGUGUGUAUAUUUGUGUGUGCGUGUGCGUGCGUGUGUGUGUGUGUGUGUGUGUGCGCGUGCGUGCAUGGCUUACUGUCCUGUUCUAAAGGAUCGCGAGCCGUGUGACACUUCCCGUCUGCCGUCAGGGUGUGAUUCCAGGUUGCAGCAAGUGCUUAUUUGUGUUCCGGGUUGGGAUGGGCCGGGCGGAAGAUCAGUCCUUUCCUAGGGCAGGGCCUGUGGCGGGCGACACUGUGGCUGUGCCUAGGACACUCCCCAGGGAAAGCACGGCAGGAGCUGGUUUCCAGACUGCAGGGGGAUCUACACUUUCGUUUCUGACCAAAAAAAAGUUCUGAAGGGCAAAGGAUAUAGCCAAGCCUUGGACGCCUAGAGGUCCCUGGAUUUCCCAGCCCUGUCCUGCGCCCCGCCUGGCGUGAGCCCCUCACCGGGCCCCCUGAGGGCGUGGGGCUGGGGCUGGUGCCGGGGGCAUCCCGGGCCUUGAGUGGAGACACUCUGGGCUUCUGGCCGUGGGGGUCACUUGAGUGUGUGUGCGCCCUGCCCGCGAGCUGCUUGUUCCUCUCUCGCCCUCAGUCAAGCGGGCGCCUGCCGCUGAGAGGCGGGUUUUCCCUGGCAGGCUGGGCGGGGCAGCCAGUGCCCUUGGAGCCUUCAGGCUUCAGGAAGGCGCUCACCGUGGCGCCCCUGCAGAAGCGGAGCUUUCUUCAGCCCGGGCUGCUUCCUUGCCCCACGAUGCUUUGGCCGGUGGGGUGCUUGGCAUCAGGGCGCCGU